CACUCACUUUCGAUAGAUAUUUUUCAUUAUCACAAGACAUAAAAAAAUCAAAACAACGCAAAUAAAGUCUUAACCUGGACAUCGGCCUCCCUCCGUGGAAAAGUAAUAGAAUACAAAAAGCGAAAGUAUCAUGUCGUGGGUUGCCGACUACGAGUAUACAUGGCUGGAGAGGAUUUUCAUGCGGGCACUUAGGACCUGUGGCCACAUACCCAAACACGUCGCCUUCGUCAUGGACGGAAAUCGUAGAUUCGCCCGCUCCCAGCAGAUAGAUAAGAUAGAGGGACACACGCGUGGCUUCUCGAAGCUAGCUGACUGCCUCCGUUGGUGCCUGGACCUGGGCGUACGCGAGGUGACGACGUUUGCUUUCAGCAUCGAGAACUUCAAGCGGUCCAGCGAAGAGGUCGAGGGCCUGUUCAACCUGGCUCGCGACAAGUUUGCAAAGCUGCUAAAGGAGAUCGAUCGUCUGAACCAGCACGGGAUUCGUAUCCGGGUGAUCGGCAACAUUGGACUGCUGCCGCUGGACUUGCAGCAGCUCGUUGCCACUGCCAUGCUGAGUACGGAGGACAACGACAAGCUAUUCCUGAACGUAGCCUUUUCUUACACCUCUCGCGACGAGAUCACCCAGGCGCUGGAGACGGUGCUGCAGCAGAGCAAUAGUUCCAUCAGCGGCACCAACAUAAGCGAGCGGCUUCUGGAGGAGUGUAUGUACACGCGGCACUCGCCUGGCCCGGAUCUGGUCUUUCGCACCUCGGGCGAGACCAGGCUGAGCGACUUCAUGAUGUGGCAGCUCAGUGGAUCGGUUCUGUACUUCAGCAAUGUCCUGUGGCCGCAGAUAACGUUCUGGAACUUUUUGGCCAGCAUCCUGGCCUACCAGCGGGACAGAUACCGGCUGGACAAGUUUAGGCGGGCGGAACAAAUUCAGAGCGCACAGUUGGCUAGAACGAGCGACUUCCACAGCGAGCGGGUGCAACAGUUCCUGCGUAGCAUGGAUGAGGAUCGUCGGAAACUGCUUGUCCGGCGGGCAUCCGGCAAAAUGUGUUAGAUAAUUGUAUAUAAACUAAUCAAAAAUAUAAAAAAAUU